CUCUCUGCUUCCCAUCCUUGCCUUCGAUUUUGCAAUAAAUUCCUUUAUAUCUUACUUGUGUCUCUCUUUCCUGCUGUUUCAUUUGUUUCUAUUCCACCAGUUUGCCAUGUCCGCUACCACCUAUCAUGUGGUUCGUAGAGGACUAGAGGUAACGACCAAUUACCUAUCCCCAACGUCAAGCAACAAUGAAGACCAUCGCCAACUGUCCGUCUGGGCGGUACUGGUGUUUGGUGUGACUGCUCUAGUCUUUAGCCUUGUUGCUUUCGCCAUUCAAUAUACAUAUGGCACUGUUGUUGCAGUACUGGCUGCGGUAGAAGAUCCUCAUCCAGCUGUGUAUGAGCCCAUUAAGGGCACCGACGACUCCAGUAAAACGACCAACCUGGUUGAUUCUGGCCCCGAUUUCUCCCACAAACGGCCUGCCCUAGUCACACGUAGCCUACGCACCGCCAUCCACCAUCUUCGCACUCGUGCUGGUCCUUGGUCUCGCUUCCGUGGCUUGGGAAUGUAUUUGUGCUUGGGUAUUUGCCGCUCAGCUCUCGCCCAACUCCUCAUCUUUGGUCAUGGCAGCGCAGUCAACCAUUUUGCCCACGCUGUUGCUCAGGUUGCUACUGAUGUAGUUUCGGCGAAUCUCGAGCUUACCUGGGUCCAUAUAGUAAUUUCACAACCUUCUGCCAAAUCAUUUUGGAGACGGGUUCCCGGAUACAGCAGCUGGGUUAAGAUUGCUCCCGCUGUUGCCCUCCGGUCCGUAGCAGCGCAGCUCACCUUCUUGCUGCCUGCCCACUUGGGAUGGAGAACCCAUGUAUGGCAUAUGGGGAAAGGCAGUCCAUUCUCUGAACCAGAAUAUGACCCUCGCUCUGAAAUCGCUAUAGCAGUCGGCGCUUGCCUCCUCGCCAUGUGCCUGACAGUCUUGAUAGAGCUUCCAGCCACAGUGACCAUGAUCCGUGUGGCCGCGUCCAUCCUUCCCGAGGAAGAAGAGACUAUUGUGCCUUUCGAUCGCACUUUUGGUGGAAAUGUCCAACCGGCCAUCCUAGGAGGUAGCGGUAAGGUUGGUUUGUUGGAUGCAUGGAAGACGUUCACCUGGGCGUCGCGCGUCCGUCUCCUCAAAGUGUUGGUUAAAACCGUCGGCAUGAUAAUCGCAGUUACUACCACCUGCGCUAUCUUUCUUGCCGGCGAAGCUUUUCUCCUAGGUGAGAAGAUAUUCGUUCAAGCAUAGGUUCCUCUGUUUAUCAUCAGACAGAUUUACAGUUAUUGUCAGCGGCUGGCCGUCUGUGACUAUAGCUCGUAAGAUCAGCACUACCUUUCUGAUACUCUGCACCCAUCUGCACAAAUCAAGGGAACAUCAUGUUGAUUUAGCGCAUGUAACUUCCAAAUCCCGAUAACUUGAUUGCUCCAACGCUCUUUGUAUUUUUGAUUCAUUGAUAUGUAUUUAUCCCACCCUUCCUCACCGUUAUUGAUAUGGUUUCGAGACGAUCUUUUAUUGUAUGUUGCGAAAUAAAGUUAUUACCUGGCUGGAUCUCAUAAGACUUUCUGUAAACUUUUGGCAAAUUCCGUACAAAUGAAUGCAUUUUUUGCACAUAGUUAACUAAGUGGAAUCACCG